CCAAGCGGCAGUCAGUGUCAGUGAAGUGACUAAAGCGUACGUCUAUCUAGGUAGUUGUACACCAACACUUGCCGUUUGUGGUAUAGAGAUGCAAUGAGUUCUUCAAGAAAACGAGAUGGCAAACAUGAAUCAAAUGAUCAGAGGCAGAAAAAGAGUGAAAACAGAAGUUCCAAAAAACAUGAAACCAAGGACGACAGAAGACAUUCCAGAAAAAGUAGAAGUCCGUUGAGACCUCCUCCGGUCAGACCACCUAUGACGUUCAGACCUCGGUCUGGGAGACCGUUUUUCAAAGCCAGAUAUUUUAGAAAGGAAGAACCCUUUUUCAGAACACCAGGAUUCCGUUGUAGGUUCCAAAGACCACCAAGAUCACAGAGAGGCUUGUCUCCGAAAAGACCACAUGCAACAUCCCCAUCAACUGCCAGCCACUGUGAUUUAAAGAAAGAUAGUAAAUGUGCUUCAGAACAGCUACAAGAUCUGACGGGAAAUAAAAGUAAUGAUAAGGGUCUGGAGUCUAAUUUCUCAGUUAAGGAACAGAUGUUCCAAGAGAUUUCACCUGGCAACAAAGAGCCUUCCUCUUUGGUGGCCCGCGCUGCUUUGCGUAACAGAGCCAUUCAGCAAAAGAGGAAAGAAAUCGAAGAGGUCUACAAGCAGGACUGUGAGACAUUUGGAAUUGUGGUAAAAAUGUUGAUUGCAAAGGACCCUUCUCUGGAGCAGUCAAUCCAGUUUUCUCUACAGGAGAAUCUCAAGGAAAUUGGAUUCCGAUGUGUUGAGGCGAUGCAGGACUUCAUUUGUGAUUAUGACUCAAGGCCCCCCAACAUAUUUACACAGCACUAGUCUUAAUGUACUUAUAUACUGUACGUACUAUAAUUAGGCUUGCUACUAUUUGAUUUUAAUUAUUUUGCCAAAUCAGUGAUUAAUAUCGACGUUUAUUGAUGGAAGAAUUUACAAUUUUUUAUGCCAUUGAGAAGCUUCUCAUUUAGCGAAACCCCUUUAUCAUAUUCAACAUGCAGCGAAGCCAUGGUUACCAACAUUCUAAUUGAAAUAAUGUUUGGUUAUAGCAGAGCUACCUUGUAUAGAUAAAGAACCUACACAAAUUUGCAAUAUAAAAGUAUAAUACACAGACUUUUAUAGCACGAAUAACAUACACAGAACAAAACAUUCUAUAGCUGAACAGAACUAACAUGCACUUAUUAUCCAGAGUCUGAGCUCCACCCCUCUCCUGCUUCAGCACAGCAAGGCAGGGGCCCGCUUUGUCGUGAUGCGGAGACUUCAGCCAUCGAUCAGGGUAUUGUGCACAAUACUUAUUAAGUGUUUUCCACUUGAGCCCCACUUUCAAAUCAAACUAGUAACUGUCACCGUUUUUAUACCUAUAGCAAAAGCCUACCUACACCUUAACCUGCUAAUUUCAAAGUAGCCUCUUUGAAUGACAGGUGCAAAUAAAAGGACACAGUCGGUGCAGGUUUGAUUGACAGUCAUUUCAACGAAUGAGAGCAUUCUAGCGCUGCUUUAGUCAAUGAAAUCUGUCAGAACAGGAUGAAAUGACUGACGGUGAA